AAAAAAGACACUCAAGAAAGUAAAUGAUUCAAACAGAAACCUAAAUUUAGUUUUCAGUUCAUAUUAAAAGACAUCAGCGGUUUUAAUAUUCAUCCUAUAAUCACAAACGACUCCAUAUCAAUUUCAAGACAUCAAAGUUUGCUGAUAAAUUUCGUGCUAUAAAAAAAAGAAUAUCUUUUUAUCCUCAAACUAAAAUAAUAAUAAUAAAAAUUAACAAAAAAAAAUAAGACAAAACUUGUAAACAAUAAUGAAUACUUCAAAACUUGUGAUCUUAUGUGUGAUAGUUUCAUUUUUGGCGACUGCUUAUGCCGUCACAAGUUCCUGGGGUAGUUUUGCGCCGUCAUCACAAUUGUUGUAUGUUGAAAACAUAGCAAAUUUAUCAGUGCCGAAGCGAUAUGUGAAUCGAGAAGUCAGAUACCUUAAAAAUGGUAGCCCGAAUGGUCGCAUGAUAACUGGUAUUCGAGCUAUUGAUCAAGUAACUAAUGGAACUGGAGGUCAUGCAACUUUAUAUUCCGGAGGUCCUGGAUUCACUUACGUUCUCCUAAAGCUUCAAUCACAAUAUAACUAUGGGCUCUUGUUCCGAGUGGAAAUUUAUGGAAGAUAAAAUUCAUUAAUAUUUAAUUCGCUUUAAGGAAAUUUAAUAAUAAUGUUUUGAUGUAAUAAUUAUUAAUCGUAGCUUAAAAAACUUUUUCAAGUUAA